AUGAUCCUUUCCGUGGUAAACGUCCUUUCGACCGCUAUCAAAGCCAACGCUGCCGUGGUGCUGCAGAUGCUUGAUAAGCUUCCUGCUCUUGGAGUUGAGCAGAGGGCGAUUGUGGAGGCGGUGUUGGAACUAGAAGAUUCGGCGGCAACGGGUGUUGCGGGAGGUGAUAUGAUGAAUACAAGGGGCACGACGGAGAUGGGCAAGUCCACGAAGUUUAUGAUGAAUAUGGACGUGGUUCCUCGUCUCUUCCGGCCUCCCAGAUGGUAG